AUGUCUAGACGUACACAGAAUCCCUGGACUCCCGAAAGUAAGACGGGCGUCAAUUAUUUUAAACACCAGACUAAGCACUUUUUGACCCCGUAUGGGAAAACUCAUGGAUUACUGACCUCUCGCGAAAUCCUCGACAAAUUAUAUCAUUGGAACUGCGAGUGGCUAACGCGUCCCAAUUAUGCCAUCAGUGAACUGGCCGACACGAUAUAUGCCAAUCUUGCCACCCUCGCUGACUACAAGGAUCAAGUGUUUACAAAACACGCAGUCGAUCCGUUGCUUAACAAGGCCCGGCCAAUAAGGAGCGUCUUGCAGCGCUUCAAUAAGAAGGAUUCCGCGACCAGUGAGGAGCCCGAUGAGCGUGACCUGCGGGACCUCAUGAAAUUUGUGGAGGAUGACACACUUAAGGGCUUGUGUAAGCACUUGUUCGCCGCGUCGGGCGCGAUGUUUUCGGUGGCCACACACAUAAUGACAUUGGAGACAUUGUUUAGUCAUCCCGCGGAAUACGCGAAACGUCACCGUGAGUCGACAGAGGUCCAGGCAUUUAAGCAAAAUCCUUCCUGCGAAUCAAUGGUCGCUUAUAUUGCCUCGCAAACGCUCAGCCACACUGAGGCAGUGGCAGAAGAUGACCCCGCAGGAAGCAUCUGGGACACUCUCACUCAGAGAAGCUCCAGCAGACAGGCACGCCAGACCAGCACGUUUUGGGAGUCAUCGACGACAAUCCAGAAGAGGAAGACCCGGACUAUGAGUACGAGGAUGAGCCGGAAGAAGACAUACGUCCACCAACGCGUAGGAGACAAAGGACCACGAUCUUGGACGACGAAGACGAGGAGAAUGAAGAAGGCGAACCAUUUAACACCCCGGAAUCGUCAGCAGAGCAUGCGUUAUUUAUAACGCAGCCAGACCCCGAAGAGUACCAUGAGCCUGGAACUCUCUCCAGGGCAGAAAAAGGGAAAGCACCGCCGAGCCGGAAGAGACCCUCUGCCACAAGUAACGUUUGGGCCAGGUUUGGCUUCAGUGCCGACACCAGCUCCUCUGGUGCAAUGUCGGCGCCACCCACAAAAAGAAAACAGACGACACCUCGGACACGAGGAACGAGACAACCCAGAGCAACAACGCGAGGCAGACCACGAGGCUCACGAGCCAAAAGGGGACAGCCAACCGCCCGCCACAUCUAUUUUGAUUAGUGUAGCUAGAGUACCAAGGGUACAACAAGCAAGUGAUUUAGCAAACAUAUCGUACUGCAGGAGACGUUAGUAGACACGAUAGCCCACAACCACGUUCACAACUUCCGCACUACAUUGAACUACAACAUCGCUCCUGCAGCUACGAUACGUUCGUCAACACUUGUCCACAGUUGCGUUCAACACAUUGUACUAUAUCCAGAUCCUGGUACGAACCACUGCGUCACUCACACUAAAAAGACGCGUUGUUUCUUACAUGGUGGUCGUCAAGUCCACCAUCAAAUACACCAACGUUAAAGACAUCUCAAACUGCAAUCCUGUUGAUCCAACUGUAACCCUGAACGUCGUAGACUCAUGUAACAACUGCGCAGACCUGCGUUCUUGUCAAUUGCGUCUUUCUGCCCUGAACAACCCGUUUUCCGCCACCUCUCGACCUUGAAGGGUCGCUUUAUCAACAGGAUUUUAGCUUGAGUGAGUCUUAUCACUUAUUCACUGUUAUGUUCUUCAGUAGCGACGUUUAUAUAUGCUGAACGUUAUUGUUACAGAAAGUAACACGAUUUUCCAAACCGUUUUUGCAACGUCUAUAACCAAGUCACUACUUAGAGUACAAGUUUCAAUUGGGUUCUGCGUUGUCCACGACGACAUUGACAAAUGUCGUACCCCAUUUCGCACUUCCGCGUCUACUUUGUUCUCCGAUAUUUUAGAGGGUUAAUUGUGCCAGUUAUGGACACAUUGCGUUCUUAUAUGUCCCCACAAUAUACUCUAAGGAGUACUCUUUAAGGGGUAGGUGUAAGCCCGUGCGUUUCCUUACCGUGUAAGCCGCAUAUUGUAGACAGUUGUAUCGUUCGUUACGUUUAGCAAACACAAAUUCUCCUUUACGUUAUUGUUACAGAAAGUAACACGAUUUUGCAAACCGUUCUUGCAACGUCUAUAAGCAAGUCACUACUUAGACUACAAGUUUCAAUUGGGUUGUGCGUUGUCCACGGGGACAUUGACAAAUGUGGUACCCAUUUUCGCACUUCCGGGUCUAGUUUCUUCUCCGAUAUUUUCCACGUUACUUGUGCCAGUUAUGGACACAUUGCGUUCUUAUAUCUGCCCGCAAUAUACUCUAAGGAGUACUCUUUAAGAGUUAGGUGUAAGCCCGUCCGUUUCCUUACCGUCUAGGCCGCAUAUUGUAGACAGUUGUAUCGUUGGUUACAUUUAGCAAACACAAAUUCUCCUUUACUACGUUGUAGUUAUCAUUCUUUGUGCUCUCUAAAGAGCCUUAUAGUACGCUUUUAGAUACAUUGAACUGUGGUAGGUCGAUAUGUUCCACGGCCGACACCCAGAUAUAUGUUUACCAAUGCAAUCACGCUCACAAUUAAAGUCUUACCUUUACUUUGAACGACUCUGUAGUCCUUGAGAAACGUUCCCGUUGUGUGUUUUGGGGGGGAAAUGAUAAAAGAAGGAAUCUGGAAAAUUCUGCCACGGAAUGAUAGGUUGUAGAAGAGCCGCGUUCGAAGGUUCAAAAAGCAACUCGAGCGUUUGAACAAUGGCUUGGAUGCCAUAGGCCGGUUAUCCCUGUGCUUGGUUUUUGCUUUAGCAGGGUGGGCGGGUGGGAUACCGAACUCAAACGUACACAAAGCCAUCACUGUCUCGUCCCUGUGGUAACUUUUCUGACACCUCUACCUUAAAAAUGCUCCUCCUUAAAGAUUGAAGUAUCGAUAGGCCAUGCUCUCACACUUUGUAUUCAUACUGAAAGUCAAAAUCAAGUGAGCUUUUACCCUUUUGUUCUACAUAAGAUUUCUCUUCUCAAUGAGCUCACAUUAGGACCCCUGUGUUAUCAUUUGACAGAUGUGCCGCCCCAGCCAAACUCUCAACCUGACAGUGUCCUGGGCUUGGAUCCUCCCGUCCAAUAA